AUGCUGCGCCAGGAUUAUAACCGCAUCGAUCCGAAACGGCGAAAUGUGGUGGACCACAGGAAGAAGCAAUUCGCGACUCCCCAGUACAAGGACGCAAGCUACCCUCACAGACUGAACUUUUAUACCGACGCGCCGACCGCAGACAUUACGCUUGAGCAGUUUGAACAAUGGGCAAUUGACCGCCUGCGAGUUCUCGGUGAACUGGAGGCAUGUUCCUUUAGAAACCGCACGCCCGCCGAGACAGCAUCGCACAUGAAGCCCAUUCUUGACAAGUAUAUCCCCCUCGACACAAAUACCUCUUCUGCCGCGAGACUCUUUAGCCAGAGGCAAAAGGACCACUACAGCCACUUCAUACUCAGGCUGGCGUUCUCCUCGACGGAGGACCUGCGCCGCAGAUUCACGCGUGUGGAAACGAUGCUUUUCCGCAUGCGUUUUAACAGCGAUGAUAUGUCUGAGCGGUCGGCGUUUGUGUCGAGUCUUGAUUUGGACUGGUGGGAGGCUGUGACGGACGAGGAGAAGAGGGAGUAUGCGGCGGACCUGGCUGCCAUGGUGGGGAGUAAGAAAUCCGGCGCCGAGGACGACAUGUGGUUCAAGGUGGAUUGGGAGAGGGUGCCGGAUUUAAUCGAGGGUAGGAGGGUGUUUUUGAAGCAGGGCAAGGCGUUUGUUCCUGGAAGGGAGCAGUCGAGUAUGGUUGUGGCAGAGUUUUCGUCGCGACUAGAGAAGCAACUCGAGCUGACUGCACGAGCUUUACCACGCCUCGAUGAAGACGACCGACUCACCCCCAUCCUCAACCACCUCUCCAAAAACUUCAUCACCCCCGACUCCGCAUACUCAUCCAACUCGUCCGCCCCGGCCGGCGCACAAAUCACCGCCUCCAACAUCGACAACCUCUCGCAGCACUUCCCAGCAUGCAUGUCCCACCUGCACCGCUCGCUCCGCCGCGACGCCCACCUCAAGCACUUCGGCCGCCUGCAGUACACGCUCUUCCUCAAGGGCAUAGGGCUCAACCUCGAAGAGUGCCUCAUGUUCUGGCGCAGCUCGUUCCACAAAAUCACAGACGACCAGUUCAACAAGGACUACCGGUACAAUGUGCGCCACGCGUACGGCGACGUGGGCGGCGACUCGAACAGACGCGGCGGCGGCUACAGCCCGUAUAGCUGUCAGAAGAUUCUGACGGAGCACCCGCCUGGCGCGGGGGACGCGCACGGCUGUCCGUACAGACACUUCAACAUGGAGAACCUGACGGCGCUGGUGCAGGCGAUGGGGGUGGCGGACAGGGCGGUCCUGCAGGGUGUGAAGGAGGAUAAGGAUAAUCAGAAGUAUCACAUGGCUUGUAAUCGGGUGUUUGAGCAUUUGCACAAGAUGGAGAUUAAGAAGGCGAGGGAUGAGAGUGUCUUGACGGCGAAUCAGUUGGAGACGAUUGUGCAUCCGAAUGAGUAUUUUAAGAGGAGUUAUUUGUUGAAGAAUUUGGGGAGGGAUGGGGAUGUGAAGAUGGAGGAGUAG